AUGGCUUCAAUGGAUAUGGAGUUUGAUCGAACUGCAACUGAAGCAUCAAAAAAUGAACGAGAUGCAAAAGGAACGGAUGCCAAUACAAAUAUCAUUAAUGUUGAUUCAGCAAAUGAGACAUCAGAUGUUCCAAAUCCACCGAAAAGAAGGAAGACGGUGAAAAAAUCCAUGGUUUGGGAUCAUUUUGAUAAGCUAAAAGGUGAUCCUAAUGACCCUCAUGCUCAAUUUAAGUACUAUGGAGUUAUCUAUACAUGUCAUUCCAAACGUAAUGGUACUAGGACUAUGAAAAAUCAUUUGAAAAAUUGUAAAAAAUACCCUUACCAGAAAAAGAGAGAUCCAACCCAAAUGACAUUAUCUUUCAAAACUAAAGCCAAAGACAAUGUUGGGGAUAAUAGGUCACAACUUGUAUGUGAGUCAUAUAGUUUAGAGAGUUGUCGGGAAGCAUUAGUGGAAAUGGUAAUUGUUGACGAAUUUCCAUUCAAGUUUGUGGAGGGUAAAGGAUUUAAGAAAUUUGUCGAUAGAUUAACAUGUGCAAGUCAACCUAGAUUUGUUGUUCCAUCUCGGUUUAUUGUGGCUAGAGAUGUGCUUAAGUUGUAUGUUAAUGAGAAAAAGCGUUUGAAAGACAUGUUUGUGAAUAGGAAGUAUAGAGUUUCUCUCACUAUGGAUUGUUGGACAUCAGGACAAAAUAUAAAUUACAUGGUCCUAACUGCCCAUUUCAUAGAUUCUGAUUGGAGAUUACAUAAAAGAAUACUUAGUUUUAUUCUAAUUAAGAAUCAUAAAGGCGAUAUUAUUGGUAAAACCAUUGAAAAGAAUUUGAAGGAUUGGGGCAUUGAAAGGGUAAUGACUUUGACUGUUGAUAAUGCAAGCUCGAAUGAUACUGCCAUUGCUUAUCUUUUGAAAAGAUUCACUAAGGGAUUAUUGUUUGGUGGAGAAUUUUUGCAUGUCUGUUGUGCUCAUAUAUUAAAUCUCAUAGUAUGUGAUGCUUUUAAGGAACAUAAUGAUUGCAUUGAAAGAAUUCGAUAUGCUGUACGAUUUAUAAGAUCUUCUCCUGCACAUUUUUUGAAAUUUAAAAAGUACACUGAAAUUGAAAAAUUUUCUUGUAAGAGUUAUGUGUGUCUUGAUGUUCCCACUAGAUGGAACUCUAUAUAUUUGAUGCUUGACGCAACUUUAAAGUUUGAAAAGGCUUUUGAUAGAUUAGAAGAUGAAGAUGCUUCUUAG